UUGCCUAAAAUAUAGAACAAUACGUGGCCGCCGGAACCCUUGUCCACCACCGUUGGAGCCGCUCAACACCGACACGUCCUCCAUCGAUCUCGCCAACAACUCUAACCACCCACAACGACAAUCUCCAUUAGGACUCCGAUAGGGUUCUGUAGAGGGGGUGAAGCAGAUAGAGCGAUGACGUACAUACCAGAGGUGAUUAUGGUGGACAUUCUGUCGAGACUACCAGUGAAGUCUCUGCUACGAUUCAGGUGCGUAUGCAAAGCCUGGUGCACCUUAAUCUCCCAUCCCCAAUUCGUUGAAACCCACCUCCGUCAACAACAUAAACGCCCCGUAAUUGGACUCGUUGUUCCACACUCCGUGGACGACCCUCUACAUAAGGAUGAUUUAGCAGUGGAUCUUGAACUUCACUUGGGUAUCCCAAACAAACGCACUACAACAGUUCUGGAUUCUUGUAAUGGGUUGCUGUGUGUGGUUGAUUGCUAUUAUGGGUUUUAUUCCCUCAAGCCCCCUCAAAAACUCAUCCUUUGGAACCCAUCUACCAGACAGUGCAACCAUAUUCCAUGCCCUAGUUUUGUUGGUUACCAGAACUGUAUGUAUAGCUUUUUCUAUGAUCCUGGUAGUGAUGACUACAAGAUUGUAAGGAUUUUCACCUUUCUUGGUAAGGACAAAACCGGAAUCGAUAUUUUCACGCUGAAAACUAACAAGUGGAGAAGAGUUGAGGAGACCCAUUCAAGUGUAAUUGGAUAUUGGUCCGCAACUUAUUUUAACGGGAAUCUCCAUUGGCUAGCGUUCAGGUAUGGAGGGUAUGGAGAAGAUGAACGUAGUUCAAUGGUUGCUUUUAGUCUCAGAGAGGAGAAGUUCCAGGAGAUGGAAUUGCCAAGUCAACGUGCUGUCUUUGGUUUGAGGGUUUUAGGAGGAUGCCUCUGCGUGGAUGGUUUAUAUACUAAUGACAAGUGGGUGAUGGAAGAAUAUGGCAUCAAGGAGUCUUGGAAAAGCUUAAUUGCUAUCCCAUAUAGGGUUGGAGAUGGUUCAAGUUGGAAACUUCCCCGUGUGUUGCGUUUUUUGGAGAAUGGUGUGCUUCUGGUGCUUCAUGACGGGAAGUUAUUGCUCUGUGAUUCUAAAAAUAACACAUGGAAGAUCAUCACUAGUUACUGUUCGUCAGCACCUUAUGAGAGGGAAGUGGGUUUAUAUAUACAGACACUAGUUUCUCCCCAUGGUAGUGGUGACAGGCUGACGGGAAAUCAAUGAAUGGGAGGAGAGGGAAAGCAGUAAGGAAGGGAAAAGAGGUUUCGCAACACAAACUCAGCAGGCGGUAUGUAUAGGCCCAGUUCAUAUUCUAGUUCAGGAGGAUAUGGUGACCGUUAUGAUGAUGAUCGAUAUGAAGGCCGCUAUGGAAGAG